GCUGUCAUCACCAAUUUGUGUGCAUCAUAAGCAACGAAUCAAAUUCUAAACCCAAUCCCUAAUGAUUCCCUAAUCAGCAAACACUAAUUGCAUUUUCACCCCAAAACGCAGCGUUUUUUACACUCAAUUACAUUUUCUUCUCCUCAACACUAUCUAUACAUUUAACACAAAACAUUUCCAAUUGUAAGAAAAAAUCUCAGUAGAAAUGGACAACCGCCGUGGCAACCGGGCCGUACCAAAAGUCCGGCAAGUCGGAUUCUUCACACCUAACGAACCGCCGCCUCCAUACCGAACUCAAUCCGGUCCACCGGACUCUUCCUCUCCGCCGCUCUCAAACUCUCCAGCAACCAACUCUUUAUCUCCAGUUAUGAUCCCCCCGCCACGUCAUCUCUCCGAUAAUCUCACGCACCGUGCCACGUCACCGCUUCCUGUACCGGAGCCAACUUUUCGUAGAGCGAGUGAGCAGCAUGUGGUAGGCAGUUAUAAUCCUACGGAAUCGCUGCUAUGUGCGUCGUCUCCUCCGGCUAUGACGUCACCGUCGAGUAAAGCUGGUGAUGGAGAUGGAGACGGAGAGUUAUUUGAUACGGCGUCGUCUAGCAGCGGUUGGUUUAAACGGAGUAAUUCAGCUAAAUUUGGUGCUUCGAGUUUUCCUAGUGGCGGUUUUGAUUUGACUUCAUUAAAGUCAACGGAAAUUGCUAAUGCUAAAACAAAAUCUCAUGCUGCUGCUGCUGCUGCUGUUUCUGAAAAAAAUGGAGGGGCUGGGGGUUCAGAGUUUCAAAAUGAAUUUCCAUUAAGUAGUAGUUCGAAACCAGGGAAAGCUAAAUCGACAAAGGCUGAAAGACGCGCCUUGCAGGAGUCUCAACGAGCUGCUAAAGUUGCUGCGAAAGGAGAAGCUACUGGUAAACCCAAUAAGCUUUCGGAGGGAGGACCUACUGUUAAACCUGUGAAACAUCAGCCACCUCAAAAGAAAGAUGCACCUCCGUCUGCGCCAUCAAUUGCAGCUUCUGAAAGGAAAGGAGUUGACCGUACACUUGAUAAAGAGAGGAAAAAAGAAGUCCCUCAACCACGGAUGCAAUUUGAUGAUAAAAUUCGAGUUGAAAAAGCUAAAAGGCGUGCAGUAGUAAAUCAAACUGAAUCCAGGAAUAGGGUUGAGUUAUUCCGUCAUUUACCUCAAUAUGAACACGGAACCCAGCUUCCUGAUCUCGAGUCCAAAUUUUUCCAGCUUGAUUCGAUGCAUCCUGCUGUUUGCAAGGUUGGUUUACAAUAUUUGGCAGGAGACAUUUCUGGGGGUAAUGCCCGUUGUAUUUCUAUGCUACAAGCAUUUCAUGAAGCCAUUAAAGACUACUCUACGCCACCAGAAAAAUCUCUCACCAGGGAUUUAACCGCAAAAAUCAGUAGUUAUGUUUCCUUUUUGACCGAAUGCCGCCCGCUUUCCAUAAGUAUGGGAAAUGCCAUUAGGUUUCUGAAGAGUAGCAUUGCAAACUUGCCUGUAACCUUUUCUGAAUCAGAAGCUAAAGCGUCCCUUUGUUCAGAUAUCGAUCGCUUUAUAAACGAGAAGAUAGUUCUUGCUGACCAGGUGAUAGUUAGACAUGCUGCAUCAAAGAUCAGGGAUGGGGACGUUCUUCUCACAUAUGGAUCAUCAUGUGUUGUUGAGAUGAUUCUUUUAUACGCCCAUGAGCUUGGGAAACAGUUCCGGGUUGUGAUAGUGGAUGCACGCCCCAAGCUUGAAGGCCAAGGUUUACUUCGUAGGCUGGUGGCUAAAGGGCUGAGUUGUACAUAUACUCACAUAAAUGCCGUUUCUUAUAUCAUGCAAGAAGUCACUAGGGUUUUUCUGGGGGCUGCCUCAGUAUUGUCUAAUGGAACUGUAUAUUCAAGGGUUGGGACGGCAUGUGUCGCUAUGGUUGCUCACGCAUUCCGUGUUCCAGUUUUAAUAUGCUGUGAAGCGUAUAAGUUUCAUGAAAGGGUUCAACUUGAUUCAAUCUGCUCAAAUGAACUAGGUUGUCCAAAUGCCAUAGCAAAGGUUCCUGGAAGAACAGAUUUAAGUUGCCUAGAUAAUCUGGCUAAUAAGGAAAAUCUUCAGUUGCUAAAUUUGAUGUAUGAUGCCACUCCUUCAGAUUAUAUAUCUAUGAUUGUCACUGACUAUGGCAUGAUCCCACCUACAAGUAUUCCUGUUAUUGUGCGUGAGUAUCGAAGAGAGCACUUGUGGAUAUAGUCGAACAUGAAGAGGAUUAUUGGUCUAGUAAGGAUGUUGGAAGCUGAGUUUCAAUUGUGCAAAAUCUAGCUCAACGCCCAGAAGUUACAAUUACAUACAUGUAUGAAUUGAAUGAUAGUAUGACAGAAAUUUCACAGCAUUUAGUUCUGAUUUUGUAUUUCAAACUAAUGAUACUGUGCCAAGUUUGAUUUUGUUAUCAUACUCAACAGGAGGGAGCGCUUUGUUGCUUCUCCUGACAAUUUUGGAGGUGAUUAUAUAGUGAUGCUGUUUUGUUCA